GCUGGGGAGAGCGCCCAUAAUGAAAUGUCUUCCUAAACAGGGAGCCUCCAAUUGGUGCAAAACUACCACUCCCAGCAUGCCCAGACAGCCUUUGGCUCUGGCAUUUUGCAGUUUACUAUUGACUUGAAGCUAACAUCUGGACGCUGUGUUUUUUCGCUGAAAAAAUGCCGUGUGGGAAAAUUGGCGUUUUUUAUGGCGUUUUUGCAAAAUAAGCCUCAAUGGAAUUCCAGCCUAAUACUCUUUGACAGAAUUUUGGGUUUAGUACAUUUUUUUUUUUUUUUGUGGUGCUGCACUGUUGUGUACUGCUGCUGUUGUGCAAAAAUAAGUUUUUUCAUCAGACUGUAGUGCAUUUUUAUGCCCUCAUACGUGCAUACCACAUACCUACAUCAAAGCAGUGUACUAUUUUGUAGCUGUAAAUCUGUAACAAGUCUAGAUACUGGGAAAGUCCAGGCAAAAGUAAUCACCAGCUGGUGUUUUUACUAAUAUACGUUUUCCAAGUGUACUGUAGCGCAUUUUUUUUUUGCCCUCAUAAGUGCAUACCACAUACCUACAUCUAAGUAGUGCACUUUUUUGUACCUGUAAGCUGUGAAAAGGCUACAUACAGUGAAAGGCCAGGGAAAAGUAAUCACUGGCUGUUGUUUCAUGAAAAUUAGUUUUCCAAGUGUACUGUAGCGCAUUUUUUUGCCCUCAUACGUGCAUACUACAUACCUACAUCUAAGUAGUGUACCAUUUUGUACCUGUUAAUCUGUCAAGGGCCUACAUACUGUCAAAGGACAGACAAAAGUAAUCACUGGCUGGUGUUUUUUUUUAAAAACUGAGUUUUUAAACGCAUUGCAGCGCAUUUUUCUGCCCUCAUAAGUGCAUACCGCAUACGUACAUCUAAGUAGUGUACCAUUUUGUACCUGUUAAUCUGUCAAGAGCCUACAUACUGUGAAAGUCCAAGCUAAAGUACUCACCGGCUGGUGUUUUGCAAAAAUACAGAGUUUUUAGGCGUAUUGUAGCGCAUUUUUCUGCCCUAAUCAGUGCAUACCACAUACCUACAUCUAAGUAGUGUACUAUUUUGUACUUUUUAAUCUGUCAAGGGCCUAGAUAUUGUGAAAGUGUCAAGGAUGGCUCGAGGUGAGGCAUUAAUAUGUGAGUGACCGCUGCUGCAUAUUGCUGAGGGCCGGCACAAGGGAUUCACACCAGACAGAAUGUUGGUAUUAAAACUCUUUCCUCAGCAGGAAACUUAGAAAAUGUUCCCAGAGAGUUCUCAAAGAGUUUCUGUUUAAUUACACGGAAGUACAGUGUGUUACAUCUGACAAAAAAGGGAGGUUUAGUUAUGACGUCAACAUCAUCAUGUUACAUUUUGAUUACAUCAUGUUACAUUUUGAUAAAGCUGAGCUUUAUCUCUGUAUAUAUUAGCAUAUUUAGUAUUUUAUUUAUUUCUUGGCCAAAGUUCAUUUAUGCGGCCCUCUCACUCUCAUACUGGAAAAUUCCAGAUUCUUGUCCUUUUAUACAAUCUGUAUCUUCCUCAAAUGUUUUGUCUUCUAACGUCUCAUCUUGGCGUCAUUCCAAGGUUUGAUGUCCUUCGUCGGAGGAUUCAGCAACGCGAACAGCAGGAAGAGGAGCGUCGAGAAUGGCAAAGGCAUUUGUGGAUCCACCCUAUAACAUGAGGCCGUCCAACACGUGGAGUAUAUGUUACCCUUUUUGAGGAGCUGCGUAGUCAUUCUGAAAAGUUCACAGACUACCUGCGGAUAUCAUUGGCCAGUUUCCAAGAGCUGCUCCAAAGGGUAUCAGCGAGGAUCCAACACCAGGAAACCCAUUGCCGCAAAUGCAUUUCUCCAGAGGAGCGCUUUAUAGUCACUUUAAGGUACCUGGCCACUGGAGAAAGCUUUGCCUCCCUCCACUUCCAGUUCCGCCUGGGGAAGUCCACCAUUUCCUACAUCAUCCGGGACACGUGCAAGGCUCUGUGGGAGUGUCUACAAGAGGAUUUCAUGCCACAGCCUUCCACGCAACAAUGGAUCAACAUCACAGACAAGUCCUGGGAAGUUGCCAACUUCCCCAACUGUGUUGGCGCGGUGGACGGGAAGCACAUCCGGAUCCAGAAGCCUUCAAACACUGGUUCUGAGUUCUUCAAUUAUAAAAAGUACUUUUCAAUCAUCCUGAUCGCCAUCGCAAAUGCCCAGUAUAAAUUUGUUGCUGUGGACAUUGAUUCAUAUGGCCGGUCAAAUGACUCCAGGGUGUUCAAGAGUUCUGCCAUGGGGAAGAGACUUUAUUCUGGAGAUUUUGGACUUCCAGCACCAAGACCGUUUCCUGGAACCGAAGGACCUCCUAUGCCAUUUGUUGUUGUUGGCGACGAGGCGUUCCAGAUGUGUGCCAAUCUGUUGAAGCCAUACUCCAACCGUGGCCGGAACUUUCGCCAAAGGAUCUACAACUACAGACUCACGUGCCAGACGUUUUGUGGAAUGCUCCUUUGGCAUUUUGGUUUCACGGUGGAGGAUCUUCUCACGGCCCAUCCAUCUCUCCAUGCAUGUGAUUUAAGACGUAGUAAAAGCUGCAGUCAUUCUUCACAACUAUGUGUUGACAAAGGAGCCUCUGCCCAUGGACCUUCAGGACAUCGAGUCCUCUCUUCCUGGAAUUCAGGAUUCCUCAAGGAGAUCAACUGCAGCAAUAAUGCGCAUGAGAGACCAAUUUUGCGGAAUUCUUCUUGUCCCAGCAAGGCUUGUUGGAGUGGCAGGAGCGCGUGAUCUGAACAGUUUGCCUUUUUCCUUCAUCUCCAUGUUUAUUUUUGUUCUUCUGGUUUACAGUUUAGUGUUUCAUUUUUCACUUGUGUUUAUUUUUUUGUUGUUGUAGGUAGUAUUCCUGGUAUUCCCAAGUGUGCAGAGCACACUUGGGAAUACCAAGAAUACCACCUGAAAGCAGAAGAUAAACCCUGUAUCUUUGUUUUUUCACUUGUCAUUUCUUCUUCUGGUUGUAGGUAGUAUUCCUGGUAUUCCCAAGUGUGCAGAGCACACUUGGGAAUACCAAGAUUACCACCUGAAAUCAGAAGAUAGCCCCUGUAUCUUUGUUUUUUCACGUGUGCUUCCUUCUUUUGGAUAUAGGCAGUAUUCCUGUUAUUCCAAAGUGUACAGAGCACACUUUCAAAUAUCAGGAAUACCACCGUUGAGUACAUUACUAUACA